AUGAAGCGAAUCCCGAUCUCCAUCUCUUGGCACCCACUCUGGCCACGACAGACAUGGCGUUUGCCCCAGGCUGUGGGAAGGAAGACCUCAACUUUCACAGUUUGCCACGACAAACCGCCGAGUCGAAUUUGCUACGCAGACUUGACGCGAAUGGUCGAGGAAGCACGGCACCCACUGAAGCGAGGACCUGGAACGUGCUGCAGACAGACUGGGUUUUCGAAGGCCGACUGCGGCUACCGGUAUAGAUCGACCCUCCGUGGAUGGAGUUAUAUUGCAGCUGCAAGGGCCAUUGGCCGAGACAAGCAGAAGGGCAGGCAGUCCGACGUUGAUAUGGAUCAUCUUCUGGACCUCGUGCUUGAGCAGGAAGGUCUGUGUGCAUAUUCUGGCAUACCCAUGGAGCUGCUGAUACCAAACUCGCACUGGGGGGUUUCCAUCGAGAGAAUAGACACUCAACUAGGGUACAUGAAGGGAAACUGCUGUCUGAUUGCUGCUGAGUUUAAUACGACGGUUCGAAAUCCGCGGCAUGAGGCUGGCACUUCUUGCGGGUCUGCACAGUGGUCCAGGCAGAAGGUCCAGCGAGUCGCACAUGUUCGGACAGAGCAGGUGCAGUUGCAUUCGCUGCAGGAAGACAUUGCUGCUGCACGGUUGCGCCCGGUCCGAAGUCAGACGGCAAGUUCCCAGGACUUCAGAGGACCAGACUCAGCAGGCAACUGGCGAUGUGGUCGCUGUGGAAACUGGCUGGAGAUGGAUCAAUUUGCCAAGCGAACUGCAAGCAAGAAUGGAUUGCAAUAUCAUUGCAAGAAAUGCGGCAGCGACUUUUGCUCAGCUGUUCGGCAGACGCUGCGUGGGCAUGUGCUCGAUAUGGUGAGGAAUGCUCGCCACAGAGCUACCAAGCACCCAUUGUGUGGAAGCUCUUUGCUCAAUACGGACGACGUUCUUGAAAUGCUAUGGCUCCAAGGUGGACGCUGCUACUACUCAGGUGUCCCUUUGCAUUGUGCAGCAGGGCCCGCUGAUUGGGUCUGGUCCAUCGAGCGUCUGGACAACUCCGUGACAUAUACUAGAGAGAACUGCGUUCUGAUCGCGCGGGAGUUUCAAACAGCUGACCAGAGUCGCAACAAGGCCAAAUUUCCAGUUUUCGGCACGGCUCAAUGGUCAAUCAGCAAGGCAGCGCACAUUUGGGGGCCAUACGUGCCGGGCGUUGGCGACGAUUGUGAAGUCCACAAAUAA